CGUGCUCGUGACUCCAGGACAAAGCAGGAGCGUUUGGGUCCUUGCCAUUCAACACAGUUUCUCUUCGGUUACACAGAGCGCUUAAGAGGCUGUUUCUGCCAGGGCCGACCUCCCAACUCAUCACAAGCAACUCGACUUCUGUUUUCAGCCAUGUUAGAGAUCAGCAGUGAUGACUUGUUCCUGCCUUCCUACCAAGAUGAGGAGCUGGUGGACAACCUGCUGUCCAGUCAGUCAGAUGGAGACUGUAAUGGUGAAGGACUCUCCCUGGCAAACGCCCUGCUCCCCCUGGCAGAGUCCUCCUCCCCUCCCCUCAUCCCCUGGGUCUGCUCCACCCGCUACAAGACUGAGCUCUGCACCACCUACUCGGCUACUGGUUUCUGCAAGUACGCCGAGCGCUGCCAGUUCGCCCAUGGCCUACAUGAGCUCCAUGUUCCCUUCCGCCAUCCUAAGUACAAGACUGAGUUGUGUCGCAGCUAUCAUACAACCGGUUACUGCUACUAUGGCAGCCGUUGCUUGUUCGUCCACAACCCCAGUGAGCAGCGCCCUGCCCUGCGCCGCCGCAGGAAUGUCCCCUGUCGCACCUUUCGCUCCUUUGGAGUCUGCCCCUUUGGUACCCGCUGUAACUUUCUGCAUGUCGAGGGCGGAGAUGUCGGCAGCGGUCUGGAGUCGGCUGAUGUGGACAAGCCGCCUCCUGUUGCCAGUCCGCAGCUCCGACCACAGACAAAGGAGUGGAAGCCACGCGGAGCUCUGUGCCGCACCUUCAGCUCAUUUGGUUUCUGCCUGUAUGGCACACGCUGCCGCUUCCAGCACGGCCUCCCCAGCAAGAUCAAAACCUCUGACCAAACCCAACAAGGGCCCUUCUACCCUCAGCUGUUCCCUGGCAGUUCUGGUUUACCUUCCCCCACCUCUCCUUUCCCUUCCAUCUCACCCAACUCUUCCACUGCAUCUUCUCCUCCAUCAACCUCUCCUCUCGCCACGCCGCCUGCAGAGGUCACGGCCCACAAUGCCUUCACCUUCUCCAGUCAGCACUUGAGCAACCUGCUGCUGCCACUGGCCCUCCACCUGCAGCAGCUGGAGAGCAGCAAGGGCCAGGAGAUCUGGGACAACAGAGCACUUUAACUAGAAUUGGCGCACAAUUAAUCUUUUUAACUUCUGUCAUUAUGUUUCUGGCUUUUUAUAUAAAUUUUUUUUUAUUGAGGUUUGACUUGACAGCUUGUAUCUGCAGGCCUUGAGCUAUAAUGGAUCAGGCAGCCUGGAAUAGUUGUGGCCCAUGGCUUCGAAUCACCAGACGUAGCUAUGAGUGUAAUUUAAUUUUUUAACUAUUGUAAAUAUUAAUGAACGGUGUAUGAAAUGUCUGACCACAGCAUCAUGAAUAAACUAAUUUUAAUCUUUAA